AUGGAGGCAGAGGCAGAUUCCGCUGCCGAGAUGAAUGGCCAAGAAGAGGCAGACAGUGAUGGGGAGGACAGCGCCAGUCAGUCAGACUCUGAGGAAGAGAGUUCGGGUAUGUAAAAUGCAAGUCUGGAUGUUAAAGUAUGCCACCUGGAAACCCACAAAUGCACUAUGCUAAAGUUGCUCUGUCAUCUAAAGUUUUCUUUACAUACAUUGUUUAUUACGCACUAGAAGACUAUUUGAAUAGUAGAACUUCCAGAACGAACAAGUACUAAUAUUUAGAAAUUUGGAAUAACCACAACAGAUUAAAGGAAGACUCAUUUAAAAAAAAAAAAAAAAAAAAUCACUAUUUAAUGGGCAUGCCCUAAUAAAAACAUGUUUGCUUUAUUUCUGCAUUUGGUGGUAUAGCUAUAAACAGCUUAAAAAAAACUUCAGUCAGUGGCUUCUCAUUGAGAAGCCUCUGUGCUGAAGCCGUGCACACUUAAUCGUGGCUUUCUAAUUCUCCUCAGUGAACUAUAAUAUAGCUCGUUGAGAGGGGUGGAAGGCAGGCAUGCUAGGACAACACACCUGGAGCUUCUGUUAGCUCAGUAGAGCUAACGGAAGUGGGGGGGGGGGGAAUGAUUCUGACUUUUUCUGGCCGCAAAUAUAAAAGUGAUGAUAUUUAUUGACAUUUGUAUUUUUUGUAAACUGUCACAAAUAUGACAGGUUCCAGACAUGUGAAACACUUGUGGAGUUUACCUUGAAUCUAUUCAUUACAUUUACAGAAUGCUUAUGCUCUUUUAUUUGUACUUCACAUAGUAUCAUAUGUUCUUCUCAUAGACAUGGAUGAUCUUGAUUGUGAACGUCGCAGGAUUGAGUGUCUGGAUGAGAUGUGUCACUUGGAAAAGCAGUUUUCGGAAUUAAAGGAAAAGUGAGUUGGCCCAGUAGCAGUGCGAUAGAUUAAGAAACUUUUUAUUAUUUAUCUGUAUGACUCUUUUGACAUUUAUUGUUUAUUUCACACUUCUAGUAUUAUCACCAGUUUGGACAACAUUGAUUGGUUGAGAGUGCUGGACUAAUAUGUUGGGUAAUAUAUUUAUACUUUAACUUUCUUAUAGGCUAUUUAAGGAGCGGUUGAACCAACUGAAAGCCAAAUUAGAAGAAGUGACCUCAGGCAAAGCGAUGGAGUAUAUUAACCCAUUAGCUGAUUUACAGAAGAAUAUGAAAAUCAGGAUUGAAGUUGCAGGUAAUAUCGUCUGA